AUGUCGCGUAUCCUCGAGGGAGUAGAAAAUAUAAUAGUAUACAUAGACGACAUAUUGAUGUUUGCAGAAACCUUGGAAGAUUUGCAUAAAACUGUUUCUAAAGUCCUUGAGAUUCUGAAAGAAAAUAACCUAACCAUAAAUACCAACAAAUGCGAGUUUGACAAAACCCGGAUUAGCUUCCUUGGGCACGAGUUGGACGAAAACGGAUUCAAUAUCGACGAGGCGAAAAUUAAAGACAUCCGCAGGUUCAGACCUUCUUCUACGGUUUCUGAGCUCAGAAGCUUUUUGAGUUUGGCAUCAUUCAUUAGCCCGUACAUACAAGGCAUUGCCGACACUGCUAGCCCAUUGUGGGCAAUCACCAGCUCUAAUGCGUGGGUAUGGGCCUCUGAACAGCAAAACGAUUUUGAUAAGCUGAAGGAACAAAUCGUAAAUUGUAGAACAUCGCUCGGAUACUUUACGGAAGAUCAAAAGACUAUUAUCUACACUGAUGCAUCACCGAACGCACUCGGCGCUGUAUUAGUCCAACAGGGAAAUAAUCAACCUCCACGUGUGAUAGCAACCGAAGCUGAUCAACAGCUGCAAGACGUAAUGCACGCUCUCGAAACAGGAGUUUGGCCUAUGGAUUUGAGGAAUUUUGAGAUUCUUAGCGGUGAACUAAGUAUGCGCGAUGGACUACUGGUCAAAACCGGAUGUGCCGUUAUCCCGGAAAAUCUGUGGAAGAAGACACUUUCCAUCGCCCAUGAAGGUCAUCCGUCAACGGCAAAAUUCAAAAAUAUUUUGAGGCAACGAGUAUGGUGGCCAGGUAUGUCGAAGGCCGCAGAGGCAUGGAUAAACUCCUGCUCAGUAUGCACAACAAAUGGUAAACCAGAGAAACUCACCCCAAUGGAUCGCGUUUUUGCACCAAAAUCAGCGUGGGAAACAAUCGCAGUUGAUUUCAAUGGACCAUAUUCGAAAUUUGACGGAGUCUCCAUACUGGUUAUCGUUGAUUAUCGGUCGAGAUACAUUAUUGCGAAACCAGUAAGAUCAACAAGUUUCGAGAACACCAGGAAAAUUUUGGAUAUGGUAUUUGACAAAGAAGGUUUCCCGGAAUGCAUAAAGUCAGAUAACGGCCCCCUAUUUAACGGUGAAGAGUAG